AUGCGUUCUCAAGAAUCGGCAGAGAAAAGAACAUAUCGGUUAAACUCUAUGAGAGUUAGUGCCUCAAUUUCUCGAGCCAAUGAAAGCUCUCCAGAAAGAGAGAUGCGAUUAGCAGCUAACAGAGCGAGACGAGCUACAUCACGGGCAUCUCAAAGUUCUUCUCAACGAGAGCUAAGGCUUACCAUUGACCGAGAACAACACGUGUUAUCCCGAGAAGCUGAAACUGUUUCACAACGAGAAUUGCGGCUCACAGCUGACCGCGAACGGCAUACAUUAUCUCGCGAGUCCGAAACCUACACUGAGAGGGAAUUACGUCUCACAGCUGACCGCAAACGUCAUACAUUAUCUCGCGAGUCCGAAACCUACACUGAGAAGGAAUUACGUCUCACAGCUGACCGCGAACGGCAUGUACUAUUCCGUGAGUCCGAAACCUUCACUGAGAGGGAAUUACGUCUCAUAGCUGAUCGCGAACGGCAUGUACUAUCCCGUGAGUCCGAAACCUACACUGAGAGGGAAUUACGUCUCACAGCUGACCGCAAACGGUAUACAUUAUCUCGCGAGUCUGAAACCUACACUGAGCAGGAAAUACGUCUCACAGCUGAUCGCGAACGUCAUAUUUUAUUUCCAGAAUCUGAAACUUUUACUCAAUAUGAAGACCGUUUGACAAAUGUUAGGAUGCACUAUAUUAUUAUUCGAUCUCUUGAAGAUGAACAUGAGCAUGAACAACGACUAGAGUUGGGACGCGAUUAUUAUAAUUCUUUGAGACAAGAACAAUUAAUAAGUUUGUCUAAUGAAGGAUUAAAAAUUGAAAAUAUUCGGUCUCUUGAAACGGACGAACAGCGAGAGGCCCGUCUUACUGCAGACAGAUUUCGACAUAGUCUUAAUGACUUAGAUGUACACAUAGAAGAUCAAUCUUCAGAUUCGGUGGCGUGGUCCGACAAAUAUAAAAGUGGGUUUGCUUGUAACCUCACAAUUGAUUACAGAUCAUCUUCUGUAAUAGGCGAUAUGAACGUAGUAUGUUCUUUUUGUAAUGCUACAAAGUGGAGUAAGGAGUCGGCUGGUUUCUGUUGUUCUGGAAGUAAAAUUAAUUUGCCUUCGUUCGGAGAUCCACCAGAACCUUUGAAGUCACUACUUUUAGGGGAACAUGUGCAAUCUAAACAGUUCUUAGACAAUAUUCGCACUUAUAAUAGUAGUUUCAAAUGA